AUGACCGUUUGUAGUGGUCAGAAGCAAGAACAAGAGGAUCCAUGUAAAGUCAAGGGACGUGUUGUUGGCGAUACAAAAUAUUGUGAUCGUUAUUGGGAAUGUGCUGACGGAGAACCUAUAUUAUACGAUUGUCCAAAUGGAUUGGUGUUUGCCGGAAAGAAUCGUGGUGUAACGGAAGGAUGUGAUUACCCAUGGCGAGCACCUUAUUGUGUUGGAAAGCAGACAGCGAAUGGUCCAAUAUCCAACGAACAUUGUGACUGGUUAUAUGGAAUUUUCGGACAUGAGACAUCAUGUACUCGUUACUGGACAUGCUGGAAUGGAACUGCAACUGAACAAUUGUGCAUUGGAGGAUUACUGUAUAAUGAACAAGCUCAUAGCUGUGAUUGGCCCGAUAAUGUCGAGGGAUGUCAGAAGCAUCCACUCUGCAAUGAAGAUGCAAAUGGAAAUGUUGCAUUAGGGAAAUCGUGCAAUCGUUAUUGGAACUGUCAAGGCGGAUAUCCUCGUUUACAACGUUGUCCCGCUCAAUUGGUAUUCGAUAGGCAUUCACUUAGAUGUGUAGUACCACCCACUGAAGAUUGUGACAUUCCACCUACACCAGCACCAGAACAACAAGAGGAAGGACGUAGAUUUAACGAUAUUGCUGAAGGCGAUGGUCAGUUACCACCACAAGAAUUUCGUCCACAACAGCAACAACAGAAGAAUGUGGGUCGCACAAGGAAUUAAUUAAACUUUCUAGAGUUUUCUCUUCAUUUCCGUAUUGCACUUUCCGUCCUUUAUUUCCUUCCGAUGUUUACAUUGCAUUUAUUACAUCCUGCAACAAUCACAUCCAUUAUUCUGUCAUUUCAUUUCCUCAUUAGAAGUAAGGAUGAAAGUUCUUCCAAGC